AUGGCAGAAUUUGGAGGAUAUCAAAGAAAUUACACGGGUCAGGACUCGUAUCUCAAUCCAGGCUCAAUGUCUCCCGGCCUGUCCCAAUACAAGGUUCCCAAUAUUAACAUUCACAAAGAAGCUGGCUCUCCGGUCAAUGCCAACGAAUUGCUCAGCAGGUCAUCGGAUAUAAAGAAACAGCUAUCUCAAUCCUUUCAGGGUGGAGGAAGCACGGGUGGAAUCCAGAAGCCACUGUCAAGGAGAAAUUCCGCCAUCCAUGUCAAAAACGAGGAUGACGACGAAGACGAUCAAGGAAACGAAAGAAAACGCAGAGAUAACAUAAAUGAAAAAAUUCAAGAAUUGCUAAGUCUUGUGCCUCCCGUCUACUUUCAAGAACCAGCAGCAAGGGACGAAGAUGACGGUGGAACGAAAAGCACGGGCACCAAGGACGGAAAACCCAACAAGGGUCAGAUUUUGACAAAGUCCGUUGAGUACAUUCAAUAUUUGCAAAAUCUCAUUGACGAGAAUAACAGAAAGGAGGUUGAGUUACAACUCAAACUUAAGUCUCUCAAAAUGCAGCAAGAAGGUAGAGGUAAUGCUCCCCUUUCGGCAGAUACAACCAGCGCGGAGUUAGCACUAGGAGAGAUUGGUGUUGGACCACACUCCAGAAAGUAUUUCGAGGAAGUCCUCUAUCAGUCAACGGGCAACAAAGCUAGUUAG